CACCGUCAUCAUCGUCAUCACCGUCAUCUUGUCCAUCACUUUUACACGCUUGGUCGGAGCUACGAAACCCUAGACGACGGGCUUUGUGAACCGGACAUAACAGUACUUGAGCCGAUAUCAGACAAGGAGAGAGGUAACAAGAUGAGUACGGCGACUUGGAAAGAGGAAAACGGCGACGUUUCAGCCGCCGAUGGCAGAACCGUAAUUACAAAGGGGCCGCCGCCAGCUUCGUCGUCGUGGUCAUGGUUAAGGUCGAAGGACCCGAGGAUCGUUAGGGUUUCGAGGGCGUUCGGAGGCAAAGACCGUCACAGCAAGGUGUGUACUUUGAGAGGGUUACGUGACAGGCGCGUGAGAUUAUCAGUCCCCACGGCCAUUCAGCUCUACGACCUCCAGGACCGGCUCGGCGUUGACCAACCCAGCAAAGCCGUUGACUGGUUGCUCAACGCCGCCAAAGACGAGAUCGACGCGCUCCCUCCUCUCCCCAUCUCGCCGGAAAACUUCGCCCUCCUCAACCACCACCACCGGCCCUUCUUGAGUCUCAACCCGGGUCUCGGCCCGAGUCAAGAACCGGGUCAACUCGGCGACGAAGGCCGAGAGCGUGGUCGCGAGAAAGAGGACGACGAGGGAGGAAAAAACGACGCGGUUUUGGGUACCGACAUUCAUCAGCUGCAGCAACAUAAUCAACAUGUUGGAUCUUUCUACAACAUGGAACAUCAUCGUCAUCACCAUGGCCAUGACCAUUCGGGUUUUCAUGAGACAGAUCAUCGUCAUCAUCAAAGCCAUAACCUUGUCCCGUUUCCAUCGCAAAUCUUGUUCUGUCCGACGACAACACAGUCUCUGUUCCCAUCACCGGUGGAUCCAACACAAGUGGCGAGCCACUUUCAAGUACAGGGUUCGUCCGAAAACGCGCCGACUCAACAUCCUUUGAUACACGGUCUUGGCUUUCAUCACAAUGCUCGAGUUCCUGUUCAUUUCGAUCAGGCCGAUGGUAACGUGUCUAAGAUUCUAGGCUCCGGUCGAGAGUAGCACGAGCGGAAGAAGAUGAUCGAUCAUCCGAAUUGAUCAUUAAUGGAGGUGAAAAGAACAGAUUAAUUUAAGGUGGUAUUUUUUUUUUGGAUAUAAUCAAGGUAUCUUGGU